UUUAGCACAAUCUGCAAUGAAUCGUGCCAAUAUGAAAGAAUUCCUCAGUUUAGAUUCGGAACAUUUGACAGUCUUUGUACCAAGCAACAAAGCGUUUUUGAAAAUUCCAGACGACAAAGCAAACAGACUCAUGAAUGGCGAUUUAAUACGACAGGUUAUGGGAGCCCAUAUAGCUAACGGUACAAUGCGGUACAAAGAUACGUUUCGCUAUGGUGAAGUGCUCCGGGCUUCCGUAGACCAAAUCUACAUCAUCAAACAAGACGGCAAUUUGUACGUAAUCAGCAAUAAUGUGAAAGCAAGGGUAACCACUGCAGAUAUCCCAGCAACCAACGGUGUUCUACAUAUCAUAGACCAAGUGCUGGCUUUUCCCUAUAAAUCGGUGGCAGAAACAAUGGCUGACACGGCAUACCUCAGGGAAUUCUACGAGAUCCUUUCCCUAGAUCCAGAAUUCUUGUCGCAGGCCAAAGAUGAGACCACCAAUAUCAGUGUCUUUGCCCCGUCAGAGGGAUUUUUGAUGACAAUCGGUAGAGAAAAGAUGAAAGACAUUAAGAAUGACUUCCAAGUAAUAAGAAAGAUAUUUGCAGGUCACGUGGUGCAGAAUUCACGCCUGGACUGGAAGUACCUCCGUUCAAGAUUAAGGAAAAAAUGUGUCAUCAAAAACCAGUUUAAUAUAUCCUUCAAAAUCUUCCGGAAUAACAUCGGUGGUAUCUAUGUCGAUGCCGGAUUUGGAAUGCAGAGACUCUACCUGAUCAACCCCGCCAUCGGUUGCAGUAAUGGCAUUAUAUACGUCAUCGAUGGCUUCCUAAACUACUCACCAUUUAAUUUGAUUGAAAUGAUUGACAAAGAGACUUCAGUCAGUCAAAUUUCAACUCUGGUUACAGAUGCUCUCACAGAUAUUUCCGACCAAUUCCUCAACGAUGAGGGAAAGUUCACGUUCUUCGUUCCUGGCAAUAUGGCUCUGAAGUACCAUUCAUUGGAGAAAAUUACGUCUAUUCUCCAAGAACCAGUUUACGAAAGAUCAAAGUUAAUAUUGCGACAUCUAAUUACGGACCACAUAUUGCCGCUGUCUGAGCUCAGCACUCACAGAUUGAGUAACUUAAUGAGAAAAGAAGGAAUGGAAGUAACCAAAGACAAAAAAGGCACCUACCUUGUUUGGAAAGGAAUCCAAGCCCGAAUUAUCAAAGCGAAUAUCCUGGCCUCGAACGGCAUCAUUCACGUUGUGGAGCGCUUUUUGCUAAUGAAUGACAAAGAGCGAUCCGCAUCGCAUUCCUCGACGAAUGCUGCCCGAGCACGGACUCUACACACGAUCCCACCCCGCCUGCACACGACGCCGGUGGAGUUCGUCAUACCACGGCAUCACAAGGGACUGCCAGAGUCACACUCCAGGCCGGUAUUCGCCACACCCCGGAUCACCACGCCCAGACUGGCCGGCGGACAUUCAGAAUACGCAAUCACAUCAUCGGCGCACAGACCUCACGCCGCCAGAUCGAUGAACGGACGUUUAGUAUUAACUGUAAUGUUGUUGUUGUUGCUAGUAUUCACCAAUAGAUGGCAGCAAACGUAGCCAUACUAUUAUAUCCUCGCUCCCCCCCUACAAUACCCACCACCUCUACCCAGUAAUAUCCCCCCUCCUCCCGUAAUAAUAAAGAACAGAAAAACUAAAAGAAAGCAACAACAACAAAUA